CCCAUCUCUGAUCUGCAGACUCCGAUCCACUCCCGCCGGCAUCUCAUCUCCGACGAUCCUCCGGUGACCUCCGACUCCGAUCCUAGCUAUCUAGCUUGUUUUGAUCGGUUAGACUAUGAUGGCAACAAUCACUCUACUGCUUGGCUUCAUCAUCCUCACUACUCCACUUCAUAUAGAGGCUCAAACUCCAGAUGCCACUAACAAUGUUUCUUUAUCAUGGGUUCAAAAUGCCACCGCCAAAGGGGCAGUUUGUUUAGAUGGAUCUCCAUCGGCAUAUUAUUUUGACCAAGGUCAAGGGGAGGGUGCCAAUAACUGGAUCGUUUACUUACAAGGUGGAGGUUGGUGCGUUAAUCAAACAGACUGCCUAAUUCGCACUACAUAUAGUCAAGGUUCUUCCAAGCAUAUGAAGCAAUCUAUGGAAUUUGUAGAUUUUCUUUCAAACAAUUUCACAGAAAAUCCAGAAUUCUACAAUUGGAAUAGAGUAUAUGUUCCAUACUGUGAUGGAUCGUCCUUUACGGGAGAUAUUGAAGCACCUGACACUGUGACUAACGUGACAUACAGAGGUGCUAGAAUUUUUAAGGCCACGAUGGACGAUCUAUUGUCUAAGGGAAUGAAUUGUGCACAAAAUGCACUUCUGAUGGGUAGUUCAGCGGGGGGAUUGGCAACAAUGGUUCACUGUGAUCGAUUUCGAGAUCUUCUCCCACUAUUUGCUAGAGUAAAAUGCCUCCCAAUUGCAGGAUAUUUUGUGCACGAGGAAAACAUAUUGGGGAGCAAACAAUUUGAGCCGACAUUUGAUGCAUUGAUUGAUUUACAUGGAUCAGCUGCAAUGCUACCUCCACUGUGCACUUCAAUAAUGAGACCGAGUCUUUGCUUGUUCCCGCAAUAUCUAUUGUUGUUUGUGAAGACACCCGUUUUCAUUGCUAUGUCAGCAUUUGACCAAAUCCAGAUAAGGUUGAACUUAUUUCGUGAGGACGAAGUGUGCUUGGUUAGCCAAAACUGCACCGAUGACCGGAAGGAGGCAAUGCAAGAAUUGAGAUGGGAUGUAUUAGCUGCACUGCCGAAAGCUCUUCCAUUAUUUAGGGGCAUGUGGAUUACAAGUUGUAUCGCCCAUGAUUUGCCUUACUUUUCUACGCUGAAAAUCAUAGGGAACAAGACCUUUGCUGAGGUAUUUCAUGAUUGGUACUAUGACUGCGAUUACUUGCAAGUAAUCGAUACAUCUAUGGAGCCAAGAAAUUGUUCAGCAUAUGGGAUAAAUCCUCAAGCACUGAAAUACUGAAUUGAUACAUGCAGAAUGAUGUGAUAAAGUUAGAUGUUGGCAGGCUUGAAUUGUUGUAUUUGAAUUUAUACAUGCAAAGUUUGAUAUGAUCAAUGGUUAAAUAGUUUGAUUACUGAGUAAUUUGACAUCAAAAUAGCUCAUAGUUUUAACUUACCUAAUAUAAUUGAAUCAACUGAUUUGAUUUGAUUUUAUUUUUUGAUAUUAUUUAGUUCGUGGAUU